AUGGCGGGCCGGAUCCACCGCGUCACCAUGUUCAAGAUUGCCGACGAGGGGCAGAAGCAGCAGCUGAUUGAGCAGUACAAGGUCCUCGGAAGCUCGCAGAAGAAGGUACGUCCCCGUGGCGACCGUUCCCUUUAUACAUUGGCACUUGCCUGGGCGGGUGGAGGAGUUAGGCCCGAGGGAUUCGACGCCCGGCCCAGAGCGUCCGUCUCUCGGGUUCCCGAGUCCCCGGGUCCGGCCCCACCGUCGCCAUCAACCACCCCCCGCUGGAUCGCUGAUGCAAAACACAUUGCAAUUGACAACCCCCAAAACACGACGAAAGCUGACCACCGCGCCCCGCAGGACGGAAAGCCCUACAUCCUCUCCAUGGUCGUCGGCCCCGCCGCCGACGACCCGCGCACCCAGGGCUUCACCGUCGUCGCAAAGACCGAGUUCGCCUCGCUCGAUGACAUGAAGUACUACGACGACGAGUGCGCCGCCCACGGCGCCCUCAAGGCCUUUGUCAAGGAGAAGCUCACCGUGGGCGGCGUCAUGUCCGUCUACUUUGAGCCCCAGAUCGUCAACCAGCUAUGA